GCAGAACCCAAACCCAGCCUGAACCAACCCAACCCACUCCAACCCAGUUGGAACCGACCCGCUCCAACCCAGCCUGAACCAACCCACCCCAUUCAGAACCGAACCGACCCACGGCAGAACCCAAACCCAGCCUGAAGCGACCCAACCUGCUCCAACCCAGCCUGAACCAACCCGACCUGCUCCACCCCAUUCGGAACCAACCCACUCCAACCCAGUUGGAACCGACCCGCUCCAGCCCAGCCUGAACCAACCCACCCCAUUCAGAACCGAACCGACCCACGGCAGAACCCAAACCCAGCCUGAAGUGACGCGACCCGCUCUGCCCCACUCGGAACCGACGCGCUCCAUCCCGCUCUCAGCUCCGGCCAUGUCGGCCCCACGCGGCUUCCAGUUCGCCAUUGACCGCGGCGGGACGUUCACCGACGUCUUCGCUCGUUGCCCCGACGGCAGCGUCAGGGUCCUCAAACUGCUCUCCGAGGACCCCAAGUACGACGACGCGCCCACCGAGGGCAUCCGGAGGGUGCUGAGAGAGGUGGGGGCCGAAACCCCCUCCCCAAAAACACCCCCGGUUCUGUGGGACCCCCAUGGGACCCCCAACACGCCAUGGAGCCCUUAUAGGAACACCAGGAAUGUCCUCUAUGAGACCCCCCCCCCCAAAAGACCCCCUAGGGGACCCCCCAGCAGCCCAUGGAGCCCCCUAUAG